AUGCGUUCUUCUUUGAGCAGCAUUGACAAAAGAACCUCGCCAUCCGAGUCCACCGGUAUCUCUUCGCGCACUCGGUGUUCAAGUAGAAAGGCCAAACAAGGACUCACCCAAACAAGGACUCACCUCGAGAUCGAAUCACCUUCCACGAUGGCGUCCGCAACGCCGUCACAACGACACGGACGCGCCUUAGCCCAUGCCCAAUACACACCUUCCAUCAACAUUCCAGCACUACCUCCCUACGAAGCACCAGAGGCACCGCUGGAUGCCGAACAGCAGCGCCGACUUGCCACCCUCCUCUCGUCCCGGGAACUGAAAGACCUCAAAACACACAUUAAAAGCGCCGCCGAGAAACUCACCGAGUCAGUGGGGCAAAUUGGCGAUCGCCUAUGCGAUGCACAAGUACGCUAUGAAAGGGAAAAGGACAAAAUCAACGCCCGACGGCGUGCAGGGAGCGAUGAAGAAAACAUAGCUGCCGACCGGGACGAAGCUCUCCUGGAGGAGCAGCAGCGGCUGACUGGGAUGGAACAAAAAGUUGAAUCUCUAAGGGGAAUCAUGGAAGAGAGGAUGCGCAAAGUCAUUGAUACAGAGAGCCGGCUGCAAGCAUUAGAGGACGCUGUUGAGCAGAUGUCGAGGGAAGAAGCUCAGGCACAGACGCAACCGCGGCAAACCCGAAGCGCGCGGAGGAGACCACGACAUAGCGGUGGAGGAACCGACGACGAGGAUGAUGAGCAGGAUGGAGACUAUGAGACUACGCCCGAGCGCGAGGCUAGGGAGCUGAAUGCGCAGAAUCCGCCCAGCCGCAGGUUUGUUGCUGGGCUGGGCCGAGAAAUUGAGAAAUGGGAUUCCCUCUCGAUGACCCAAAAGUACACGGGGCAUAACGACUACGUCGGUUUCUACAGAGUUGUGCAUGAGUCCAAGUUCCCAGCUGAUCAUGUUCCGCCUCUUCCACACUCGUCUACAUGGUUUGAAGGACGAGAAGAUCCUAAUGCAUCUGCCCAGCGGACACGCUCAACGCGCAAUCGAGAACCAUCUCCUGCAGAGUCGGACGACAUUGCAAUUGAGCGGGAGAGGGAGUCCCUUGUUUGCCCGCUUACCCAGCGUAUGUUCGAGGACCCUGUGACAAGCGGUAAAUGCCCACAUAGCUUCGAGCGAGAGGCUAUCAUGAGCAUGAUAUCGCGCAGCCCGACGACCGUCGCACCUGGCCCGGGCCAAGGAAGAAGGCGCCUGAGAUCAAUUAAAUGCCCCGAGUGUGAUACGGUGUUCACGGCGGCAGACCUGCAUAGCAACCCGGCGUUGGUUUUGAAAGUCCAGCGGGCUCAGAAGGCGCAGCGGGAGGCUGAAGAGCAUCUGCACGAUGCCGACGACUUGGAUGAUCCGAACCGGGUUACCCUGACCAGUGAUGCCGUGGACGCAGACGAGAUGGAUGUAGAUGUGGACCUGGAUGCAGAUGAGUCAGAUGAACCGCGGGUCAAAACGGAACCAAUGACCCAAGAGGCACUGUCUGUGGCUACAGAUAGCGAAGAAGAGGCUACAGAUAGUGACGAGGACGAGGAGGACGACGACGACGACAACGAAGAAUGA